CACAGAGUAGAAUCGGAAACCUCACUUCAUUCGCCCAUAUUUCAGACACUCAUCAAGAAUUACGAAUUACUAAUUACGAUAGCCUCACUAGACAACGAAACCCAGAUACAUAAGCAAUGAUACCUAAGGGAAUGCAGUACCUACUAGGGUACACCAUUAUUUCCAUGGCUCUGUUGGCGUGGGCAUCAUACGACUCGUUGACUAAAGCGGUGAACUUUGAAGUGUUUUUGAUGGAGAUGACCGACGGAGUCAAACUUGGAAUACUCAUUAACAGCGUGGCUUUGAAUUUCGUGAUGGUAGGGAAGAUUUUGCAAUUGUCACUCUUUGGCGAAUUAAGAUUGCUAGAAGCAGAUCAUUUGAUGGAGAAAUUGCCGUUCUACGCGGGUAAUUUGCUUUUCAAUUUGGCGACAACAGACAAUUUUUUGCUCAAUUCAUUUCUACUUGUAACGGCCGUUGGCUUUAAAGCCUUCCACAUAAUCUUGAUAGACAGAGCUGACUACGUCAACUUGAGAAUCGCUAAUAAUUCCAACAAUGAAACUUACACGAGAGCCAUAAUAAUCAAGAAGUAUGUGUUCAAUCUCUAUUUCUGGCUUGUCUUCUUUUUCAUAUUCCUUGAUUUCUCAAUUGCUAAAUUGCUUGUCUACGACGUCUUCCAGGGUAUAAAUUCCGUGGUCUGUCUCUUGUUUGGCUUCGAGUUUGCCAUACAGGGAGUUGAAGCCCUCACUUACUGUGCAAAGAUGUUUAUCAACAUCUACGAAUUGGCAGUCUAUAGAAUAAAUGAGCACCACGACAAUAGUGAAGAUGACGACGACUUUCUUGACGAAGAUAUCGACAUAAUAUGGGAAACAAAAGCUUUUUACAGCAAAGGUAUAGACAUAGCAUCAUCGUCUUUGAUGGCAGUAUCAUAUCUAGCUUUCAUCUAUUUGUUAACUUUCCAUUCCGUGUUGUCCCUUCCUAUAUCUAUGCUCCAAGGAACCUAUUCCAGUUUGAAGCAAACCUACACAGAAGUCAGGCAAUUAUUUGCAUUUAUCGAAUCUUCUAAGCGUUUGGACAACCAACUUCGAACUGCCACAAAAGAAGAUUUAGAGGCAACUGACAACUUGUGUAUUAUUUGUCGUGAAGAUAUGAACUCGGUUGAAGACUACGAAACGAAUUUCAAAAAGAGCCUACCAGCCAGAAGAAGGCCCAAGGCACUACCAUGUGGUCAUAUAUUGCAUAUGGGUUGUUUAAAAGAAUGGCUUGAAAGAUCAGAUAGCUGUCCACUCUGUAGAAAGAAAGUGUUCGAUCCUCCUGAUCAGAAUAUCCAAAGAGAAGAGGCAAAUCAUCCUCAAGAACAAAACCAAGAAGAAGCUCAACAACAUCAAUUAGAAGAAAACGAAAAUCAAGCACAGAGAGAAAUUCCUGCAAAUCCUGAGGAUAACCAGGAAGAAAUUGAGGAUCAGCAACAAUCCGAAGGAAGUGAAUCCCAAACAAAGAGUGAUGUCAAAGAGAGCUCUUCACUUCAAAUAGAUAAUAGUUCAGGAGCUGACGUAGUUGAAGGCUCUAGUAACAACAUACCAGAUUCUAGUGUCGCAACUCCGUCUAACCCUUCAGGUGAAAGACAAACCAUCAAGCUUCCACCAAAUUCUCUAUUACCUCCUGGUUGGGCUGUAUUGCCAUUAAAGAGAACCACAUUUAUCGAGUCAGGGGGGAGAGUCGAUUACUAUGUCAGUUUCUCAAGAUUUCAAAAGGGUGCUUUGAAAAUACGGCAAGUUGAGCCAAUUAACAAUAGAAUAAUCUAUCCCUUCACUCAGGUCAAACAAGAUGGAGAACCCGAGGAGUAAACUAAUGUGAAUAAAUCGGGGGUUAUGUAUAUUAGUUGGCACAAAACGAUACCAAAUUGUUUCGUUCAGUCAUACGUAGAUAUAAUACAAUAAUAAUUGGGC